AUGUCAGAUUUCAUUUCCGACGGCUGCCAGGACUUCGGCCGGGCGCUCUGUGUCAUCACCGGAGCUUCCAAGGGCUUCGGUCGAGAGCUGGCCGUGCAGAUAGCCGGCCUCCUGAAACCCAAAUCUGUUAUGCUGCUGGUGGCCAGGUCAGGGAAGCAACUUGCUGAGCUGAAGGACGACUUAGUAGCCUCAGAUGGUGACAAGAGCCAACUUGUGGUCCAUUGCAUACAGGCAGACCUGGGAAAGAAGGAAGGAGUUGAGAAAACUAUCCGGGUGGCGAAAGAGACGUCUGCAAUGGACAUAGAUCACUUGCUGCUUAUCAACAAUGCUGCUUCUCUGGGCGAUGUGUCCCGGUUUGCUAUGAGUUUCACGGACCGCGAGGAAGUGGACGCUUACCUGUCCUUAAACGUGAGCUCUGUGCUGAGUCUGACCGCGGGAGUGCUUCAGGCGUUCCCAUGGCGACACGGCCUGAGGCGCACGGUGGUCAACGUCAGCUCCCUGUGCGCCCUGAAACCAUUCCCAUCCUGGGUGCUGUACUGUACCGGUAAAGCCGCCCGCGACAUGAUGUUCCGUGUGCUUGCUGAAGAGGAGCCUGACUUAAGAGUGCUCAGCUACGCCCCAGGCCCAUUGGACACUGACAUGCAGACCCAGGCUCGCUGCUACUCAGGCGACGUGAAGAUCCGACAGUCCUUCUCCUCCAUGUUUGCUGAAGGACGGCUGUUAACCUGUCAGGAGUCCGGGGCCAAGCUGAUGAGACUCCUGCUAGACGAUGACUUUCCCUCCGGGGCUCAUGUGGAUUUUUAUGAACUGUAA